AUGGAAGCACUAUCGGACCGUCUACCGACGAAUGCUACGGGACAUAACAGCUGGAGACUAGUGCUGGACACGUCGUGGCAGCGAAAGUGCGAUGUACGCCGUGCGUUAAGUCAAGUCGUCGGCCAUUGUCAAGGAAACAUUGACCGGGACUCCUUGGGAACGGGAAGCAAGGGCGGGCCAACCGACUCCGAAAACGAUAGAAAAACUUUGCUCUAUCAUCAGAGGAGAAGGGAGAAAACGGAAAUUCAAGGAGACUGCAUUCGGCUCGCUGAUAUUCAAACGUUUUUCGUGCCAUCUGAUCAGGGUUUCAGUAAUGUUUUUCGUGUACGACCGGACAUCAGCGGGAUGAAGCUUAUUUCACAUGGUCGAGAAUGGGGCUCGGUCCUGAGAGGUGGACUUGGCCCCGCCUAGACCAGAAACCAUUAACUCUCGAUUCUUCUUUUACACUUGGUGGAUCUUCG